GACGGCCGACGGCCAUCUUGAAGUGUAAUUGUUGUCAUGUUUACGUUGUGUGAAAGGUGAAAUUAAUGAGUUUUCAUAGAAAAAUCAGGCCAGCUUUGAUGUAAUUCUGUAUUGGAACAAGUAGACAUUCACUAUGUUUUACGCACAUUUUGUGCUGGCCAAGAAAGGGCCGCUAGCCAAAAUUUGGUUGGCAGCCCAUUGGGACAAAAAGCUGACGAAGGCUCAUGUGUUCGAGACGAAUAUCGAGAAAUCCGUAGAUGGUAUUUUGAAACCUAAAGUGAAGAUGGCUUUAAGGACAUCUGGCCAUCUGCUGCUUGGUGUUGUAAGGAUUUACUCGCGGAAGGCCAAGUAUCUGUUACAGGAUUGUAAUGAAGCUUUCGUUAAGAUCAAGAUGGCCUUCCGGCCUGGCAUGGUAGACUUGCCCGAGGAGCACCGAGAGGCAGCCAUGAACGCCAUCACCCUGCCCGAGGUGUUCCAUGACUUUGACACUGCCAUGCCCGAGUUGAACGAGGUUGACAUCGAGGCACAGUUCUCAAUGAACCAGUCCCGCGCGGAAGAGAUCACCAUGCGGGAGGACUACGGUUCCCUCAACCUGGUCAACCCGGACGAUGGGUUUGGAGACAUGGGAUUUGACACGGACAACCCGGAUAUCAUGCGAGAGGCUAUCGGCACUGAGGGAGGUCUGGAACAGAGUAACCUGCUGUUCGCGGACGGCUCGUCCCUCGAGCUGGGCAAGGAGGGCGCCAGCGCGGGGCUGGCGGCGCCGGGGCUGGAGCGGCGGCUCGAGGCGCAGCCGCACGCGCCCAUGGACGACGGCUUCGGCGGCACCAUCGGCGACGUGCCCGACUUCGGACAUGCGGGCGGGCUGUUCGAAGGCGAUCUGUUCGGCGACGUGUCGGCUGCGGCCGCGGGCGCCGGCUCGGCCGCGCUGGCCGGGCCCUCCGCGCAGCCGCAGUCGCUGCAGGCGGAGAUCGACGCGGCGGGCGUGAGCGAGGCGCACGCGCCGGCGCCGGAGGCCCCCGACUCGGACGACGACAUGGGCGACCACUACGACGCCGGCACCUCGCCGCAGCACAGCUGGGGCGGGUCUGCGCCCGCGUCGCCGGCGCCGGCCGAGCUCAUGCCGCCACCUGCCGCGCCGCGACCGCCCUCUGUGCGGCCCAUGGAGGUGGACGAGGCCCCGCUGGCGGAGCCGGUGCCGGCGGCCGAGGCGGCGCUGGACGGCACCACGCUGCUGCAGAACGACGAGGAAUCCUUCGCGCUCGCACCCGUCGACGCCACCGUGCUCAAAGGCAUAACAAAAACCAAGCGCAAACGCAAGCUGAUCGUGGACGAGGUGAAGAACAUAUCCGGUGAAGAAAUGAAGAACCAGCUCAGCAACACGUCGGACAUCGUGACCACGCUAGACCUGGCGCCGCCGACUCGUCGUCUCAUGCACUGGAAGGAGACCGGAGGAGUGGAGAAACUAUUUACUCUGCCAGCCAGACCCAUCCCGUCCAGAGUCUUGUUCAAGAAAUACCAGCGCAACAUGACGCUGCGCAGCGAGGGCGGCGAGGAGGGCGACGCCAAGUCCCCCGAGCACCCCGAGCCCGCGCGCCGCAUGCGCAAGCGCAGGCACGACGAGUCGAUGCUACCCCCGGACACGCCGGCGCCGCCGCCAGACCUAGAACCUCCUACACCGGUGCCACAGGAGUACGAACCUUCAGUCGAGCCGGUGCAGGCGGGCUACCAGACCCCGCGCUCCGACCUCGACGAGGCCCCGCAGACCCCAGGUAUGCUGAGCGCGCUGGGCCCACCGUUGACGCCGGGCGGGCUGGGCCCGCUGACGCCGGGCACGCUGCUGCAGGGCGGCCUCACGCCGGCCGGCCUGCAGCACGGCGGCCUCACGCCGGCCGGCCUGCAGCACGGCGGCCUCACGCCGGCCGGCCUGCAGCACGGCGGCCUCACACCAGGAGGCCUGCAGCACGGCGGUAUGACGCCAGCAGGCUUGCAGCACGGCGACGGGCACGACUUCGGCCCCAUGACACCCGCCGGGCUGCACCAUGGAGGAAUGACGCCAAUGGGGUUAGACAGCGGAAUGACGCCAGGCGGCCUCGGCCACGGCGGCCUCACUCCCGCCGGCCUGCACCACGGCGGCAUGACACCAGGAGGAUUAGAACACGGCGGCAUGACACCAGCAGGCCUCCAGCACGGCGGCAUGACGCCGGCCGGUCUCCAGCACGGAGGAAUGACGCCAGCCGGUCUCCAGCACGGAGGAAUGACGCCAGCCGGCCUACACCACGGAGGCAUGACGCCCGCGGGGCUGCAGCAUGGUGGCAUGACGCCCGCUGGCUUGCAGCACGGUGGAAUGACGCCGCAAGGUCUAUCGCACGGCGGCAUGCUGGAGCACGCGCAGCUGCCGAUGAUGCCGCAGCUGGGCGAGGCGCCCGCGGCGCUGCUGGCGCGAGCGCUGCCCGCGCACGCGCCGCCCGACCACGAGCUCGGCCACACAGUUCCCAUGGAGCCGCUGCCGCUGCACGGGCUCGAGCCCGACUACCAGGGUGGCAUGCAGAUGACCAACUUAGGUUACGAGGACAACAAUGGCCACCAAAGUCCACAGCACGACUACGACUUACCACCCAGUGUUGAAAAUGGCUCCGAGGGCGAGCGCGAGGCGGGCGAGACGGACGAGCAGUUCGAGGAGCGCGUGCUGAACCGGCGCGCGGCGCAGCUGUUCGCGGCCAUGCGGCCCAAGCUCGCCGCCGGCCUGCAGCUCGCCUUCAGCGACCUGGCGCCCAGGCACAACAACAGGAAACAGGUGGCACAGAAAUUCUAUAGUUUACUGGUUCUGAAGAAACAUCAAGUAUUAAAGUUAGAACAACACGAAACGUAUGGACCUAUUACUAUUAUUAAGGGCGCACAGUUCGAGACGGAGGCGAUCUAAAUGCGAUAAUGUUAUUUAUAUUAGCUAUAAUAAUAUAAAAGAGGAAUAUCUAAAUUAGUAUGUAAAAGAGGGUAUAAAGAGGUAUCAGUUAUAGUGAUGUUUAUUGAAGUUUUCUACUUCACACAGUACUAGAUUGAGCCAAAAAUAACGAUUGUAAGUUGGCCUUACGAUUCGAGUCCACGGGGCCUCACAAUGGAAAAUAUGAAUUGACGGGCCAAGGAGCGCACCACUGAUCUCAGUAAUAGAAAUGGAUACG